AUGUCUUCCACAUCCUCGAGCCAGGACCCAACCAGCUCCCCACACUCCAAAUCCUUGCCAAUCUCCAUCCAAUACCCCGACAAAGAAGCAAACAAGCCAACCCCCCACAUUCUGCAAAACGGCGACGCAGCGCCCAGCAUCUCCCAGAUCCCCAAGCCAAACAUCACAGACUACACGCCCGCGCACUACUCCAAGACGGCGCAACCCAGCAACGCACAAUUCGAGGCGACGAACCCCAUGUGUCUCGGUCAGACAGUGCCAUUAGGCUUCGUGCCCAAGCCGCCGCCCAGGAAGGACUUGGGGCUGAGGAUUGUCCCGGAGUGGAUUUCUCCGAGGAGGAAUGUCAGGGAUUUGAAUCGGCGGUUGUGGGCGGAGAAGGAGAUGGUGGAGAGGAUCAGGGAGGCUGCGCAGAAGACGAUCGCUGCGGAGAAGAAGCGCAGCGAAAAGUGUGCAGAGCGUACGUGGAAUGAGUCGGUCACCGCUGUUGCGAUCUCGUUUGUCUAG